AUGUGCGCCAUGCUUUGCUGUCCUAAACAAAUUGACGACGACGGAAGCAUCCGAGCGGACAUGGUCAAUAGAAAUGCAGAAGAGAUUACUGGACGUUACAUGGAUCUGUAUACUAUUGGAAGAAAGGCCACUCAGGAAGAUGACAAUGAAUUCAAAAAGAUCACCAAAAAUUUGGAAAGGCUUUUCCAACAUCCUAUGUUUUCGAAGAUUGUGACCAUGGAUGGUCAGGCAAGGUUUCACGCAGUACCUCCUCAGUCGAUACAGAAUUUGUAUGAUAGAAUUUUGCGAGGCGGUAAAGCUCUAAGAAUUCGAGAGGGACAAGUGGAAUCAAGAAAAUUGAGGGAAGCCAAUACGCCUGAGGCUGUCUACACAUCUAAAGUGGCGUGUAAUUUUCUAAUGGAACUCAUCGAGAAGGAACGUCAACACAGAGGCCUCCGCAUGGUUGAGUGGCAGGCAGUCCAGAAACGAUAUGCCGAAAUGGUUACCAAUCCCGAAAGUGAAGAUCGAGAACUCAUGGAUUUCUACCAGAAUAACUACGGCAUGGACUUCAGUAUGCCCUCCUUGAAUAGUGAAGUAAGCACAGUUUUCCGACAUUUGUAA